UGCCGAUGAUGUCGUUAAAAACACUCAUUUUACGCUCUGGAUUGAAAUUUAUUUUUCUUCCGAACGCACGAAUUGUAAAUCGGUUGUCUGAGGAUAGCGCGCGGGAAGAGUCAAACAAACUAUUGGAUGAAUGGUAUGAUUAGAAUAAAUCGUAUUUUUACUGGUUUAAUUGAAUUUAAUGAAAUACACCAGUGGUUUUUAUUUAAUCACUCUGCUAAUAGAUGUGUAUGAUUUCUUUCUUGUGCGAACAGUGUUUCCUUCCCGAGCGACUUGAGGGUGAGGAACGGGAGGUUUCUGCAUCUGCCCCUACGCUUCACCACUCGUCCCUCCUUCCCUAGACACUCCUCCGGCCCAGGCCGUCACUUCAGGUCUGAUCUGGAGGAGGGUGACUAGAGAUUAGCCUCACCUGCCGGGUUCGCGACACACGAUGGCGGACGGCCCGAAGCUUCUGAAGCAGGCAGCCAUGCAGAUUGGGGCCGGUGGCUCGGCCGGGUUUGUGGAGGUGUGCAUCAUGCACCCGCUGGACCUGGUGAAGACACGCCUCCAACUGCAGGGUGCGCAGGCCCUCGGCGACCCGCACCACUACGCGGGCGUCGCGGACUGCAUGCGCAAGAUGUACCGUGCAGAGGGCUUCCUCUCCUUCUGGAAGGGCGUGCUGCCGCCCGUCCUCGUCGAGACGCCCAAGCGUGCUGUCAAGUUCUUCACGUUUGAACAGUACAAAAGAUUUUUCUUGUUUGGUGCAUCAUCACCUACUCCUUUGACGUUCUCUCUGGCGGGGCUGGGCGCCGGGGUGACGGAAGCCAUCCUCGUGAACCCUUUUGAGGUGGUCAAGGUCACACUGCAGUCGAACCGGGCACAGCUCAAGGAGGUCCCUCGUACCUGGACCGUCACCAAGCAGAUCAUCAACUCCCAGGGCAUCGGCCUACGCGGGCUGAACAAAGGUCUGACUGCGACCAUCGGCAGAAACGGGGUGUUCAAUAUGGUUUACUUCGGGUUUUACCACUCCGUCAAGGGCUACUUGCCGGAAUACGAGGAACCAGUGCCCGAGUUCCUUCGCAAGGUGGGCAUCGGCUUUGUGUCAGGCACGCUGGCGUCGUGCGUCAACAUCCCGUUCGAUGUGGCCAAGAGCCGCAUCCAGGGCCCGCAGCCGGUGCCGGGCGAGGUGAAGUACCGCACAACGCUUGGCUCCAUGGCACUCGUGUACCGCGAGGAGGGGUGGCGCGCCCUGUACAAGGGCCUCGUCCCUAAGGUGAUGCGGCUGGGCCCGGGUGGGGCCAUCAUGCUCGUGGUGUACGACUACGUCUACCACUUCCUGCUGCACAAGUUCCCCGAGUAGAUGCCGCGCCCAUAGUGUUGGCCAGAGCUGGCCCAGCACCCGUUUGCCUGCUUGUGGCAAACCAUUUUGUUUGAAAUUGGGACAUUUGAUACUUUGAUACCCCGAUACUCAUCUAUACCAUGUGGAAACUAUAGUAUUGUGUAUUAGACUUCUUUGGAUCCUGUAGCUUGAAAAGAAUUUAAUCUGCGAUUAUAAAAUAAUUCAUUAAUAUCAAAUAUUUUUCCAAUCAAACUAAAGCCUAUAGUAUCUAAAUUUUUGAGUCAAUCUUUGUGGCUGCAUACUUGUUACACUUUUUAAUUUGAAUUUCUUGUGACUCAUUUCCAUUGCUUAAGCUAUUGGUAAUGAAUAAUUCAAAACAUUUAUUUGUUUUUGAAAUGUCAAAUUAGAUAUGAAAUAAUCAUUUGAAUUCUAACUUUUUGAAUACUCAUGCACCCCUGUAGGUAGAGACUUGAUAUAGAGGAAGGUAUUUUUUCUUAAAAGCUGUGUUAUUUUCUACAAAACUUAUAACAAGAAGCAAGGUUAUUUUUAUGCUUUUGUUUGACGACUUAGAAACUAAAAAAAAUCAUAACCAUUUUAGUAUAAAUAACAUAUAAAUUGUAUUUCGUGAAUGUCUUAUCUUUCUGCAUUUAAAACUUAAGGUGCAUAAAAAUCCUCUCAGUUUAAAUUUAGUCAUCAAAAGACAGCAUAGUAAACACUGGUUUAUUUAUAUUUUAGCUGCCUUUCUGGUGCCACUUUCAUCAGAAUGAGUGAUUAAAAGACUUAUUUUCAAAUAGGAAAUGGCAGGUAUGAAUAAGAUAAAAUUGAGUUGCUGCAGAAGAAAAGCCUUCCAGAAAUCAAGUGAAAAAAAGUAAACUGGAUGUGAGAAUGAACAGAUAGAGGCAGCUACCUUUACUGAUAAAAUGGCAGCAGAGAUAAAUGAAGUGGAAUGUACUCUGGGACAAACUCCAUUGAGAUCUUUCUUUCUUCCACUUCUCCCCCCUCCCACCCGGACCCCAUGCAUUUCAGUGUUGUCUUGUCUCAUCUUUCACCAGCUGAGUUUAUGAGGCAGUCAAAACUGGUGCAAGUGUCUCAAUUAAAAGGUAGAGUGUGUAGUUUUUCAACUGAUCUCUGCUUCAUAGCUGACAGCAGUGGAAGGGCUUGUAGUUAAGUGGAAUAAGUAUAUUACAGCCACACAGGAAGGCAAAUGGAUAUUUGCCAAUAAAAUUAAAAUGGUUGGAGAUACUAAAAAUUUAGUGCAGACCUUUUCUUUAAGAUGCACCAUUUUCAAGAUAGUAUUUUUGCCAAGAAAGUUGUGAAAACCUAACAUUUGUAAAAUGAGAGCCUAAUUUUGUAAGAAUUUGUGUAAAAUAUGAAAAUACAUAAUAAAAAAAUUGCAAUCUAACUUCAAAACAUCAUAAAAUGAGUUAUUUUUCAAACUUAUCGCUAUCGCAAAUUGUUCAGGUCUCUAGUGACUAUUAAGUGUCAAUCUAAACAUACAAGAUAAUUAAGUUUUACUGAAAAAUUAACAUUAUUUCCUUGCCUAUGCUAGACUAGACCAGACAGCUAUUUUAUUAAAUUUGUGUGCAAUUUUAAAUUGGGGAUGUUUUAAAUUAAUAAGUAAAUUGUUGAGACCCAUAUGGUAAAAUUUUACGUAGAUAAUGUGCGAAUGGGAUCUGAGCCAGCUCUACCAUAAACUUUGUUUUCUUGUUUGUUUUCUGCUUUCUUGCAUUUAAAUUGAGUGAUCAUGGAAUAUGCCAUUCCUAUGCUAUAAUUGAUUCGUUGCUUCGCAAUGUGUGCUGUGCAGAAAAAAAUAGUAGAGUUGUGUCUGUAACAAUAUUUUUUUCCUGUACCAAAAAGAGGCAAUAGCUGUUAAUUUGGCACACACUGUACCACGGCAGUGUGGAAUUAGCGAUUUUACCGGUUUUAUCUUAUGUAAUUUUAAUGAUAAGGGGAAAACCAAAGAAUAUUUAAUAUACAAUACAAUGAUAUUACAAACUAAUUGUAAUAAGCUGCUGUAUGCCAUAAAAAAUGCAUAUAAUCUUUACUGUUUAUAAAAGUCUUUGCAUUCAUGAUUAAAAUAUUUUUGUCAUAAAAUCAAAAAUAAACACAGAGCGAAUUGAAAAAGUGAGCAGCGCAGUGGCACCACCUGAGGGCCAAGGUCAUCAAACCCAGAAUCCAAGAUUCCGCCUGGAAAAAUCGAAAUGCAAGCAGCUCCAUCGACGCCAGAUUGUGGAAUUCGCCGAGCUAAAGAAUGCUGGAUUAAAGAGCGCUGACUAUAUUCUGCAGUUGUCAUCAACUGUGCGACUAUUAUUGUUACAUAGCAUUUGCUUGUAUUAAUUUUUAUUUUUAAUAUAUAUUUUUGAGAUUAAGUAAUGUUGUUAUAUCAAAGUCAAAGAAGUCUUGUAUUACUUUUUGUUUGAAAAAAUGGGUAAAUAAUGUAAUAAUGGAAAAAGUGCCUGUUAAUAUGUUAAGACAGAGAAUAGCAUUACAUUAUCCUAAUAAGUGAAACUAGGUUGCAUUGAAAAGAUGUGAUGGCAUUGGAAACAUGUAGUAUGGGAACAAUUGUACAAAAUACUUUGUAAGUGCAGUUGGAAGAUGUUUAAAAUAAAAUAUGUGAUUCUAUUCAUAGUCUGAAAAUGUGAUUUAUAUUUGUUGUUUGUAUUUGACGGAGGUUCAUCCAUCUUCCAACUUUUGGCUGUCAGUCAUGUUUCGCUGUCCUGAAAUACGGCUCCUGUAAAUCAUGCAGUCUUCUGAUCUUUGGAACUCUUCACGUUUUACGUGUUUUCCAUUGUCCUUUUGAUUUAUUCAUUCUCUUCACGCUUCCUGGAGGCCAAGCCCUAAUCACGUUGUAUUUUCUGUAUCGUUAACCUUUUAACUGCGUUGAACACAUUGGGUUUAUACUUUGUUUGCUGCAAUGCUGGGCCGCUGAGUGUUUCAUUGGCCCAUGAGGCUAGAUUCCAUCUGAGAUGCUACAUCAGAGUGCAAUGUAAGAAAUAUUACCUUGUGCAUAGUCUCCAGACUUUUUGUUACUGUGAAAUCAAUUUUUUCCCCAUCUUGAAGAAUCUGUAGAUACAUUGUGACAAUGGCAGUGUUAGUAAGCAGCACAAAGUUUAUACUGGUUGCUUUCUGUGGAAAUAUUACAGGUAUGUGGCUAGUGAAAAUUUAUAAAAGAAAUAUUUAUAUAAGUGUCAGGGAAUUUGAUUUGGAUAAAACUGAUCAUAGUCUGCUAGGCCUGUGCGAAUAUCUGUGUUUUAGUUCAAAUCGAAUAUGAAUAUCAUAUUUCAAUAGUAAGAAUAUUAGAAUCCCACUAAAAAUAUUUUUUUCGCAUGUAACAACUACAUAUAGAAAGAAAAAGUAAAUGUGUAGUGGCUUCUGGGAAAUUAGAUAAAUAAUACCAAUUGAAAGGUUGGUUAGGUUAAGUUAUCUACAAUUACAAUAGGUAAAAUUUUGUUAAAAUAUUCAAAGUUUGAAAAAAAAAUAUAAUUUUUCAUGUUAAUAAAAAUAGGAACUGAAGAGAAAAAAAUUAAUAAACAGUGCAAAGCGAAUAUGUAAGGCAAUCACAGUAUAUGUGAAGAAACUUCAAGAGGGAGGGUUUAUAUGGAUGUACACUGAGCAGUUUUAAUCUAUAGUAAAUUAUGAUGUAGGUCUAAAAUAAUUUUUUAACCUUGUUUAAAUUUUUCACUAUGUGAAAAUAAAUAAUUAUUUAUAUAAAUUUUUUUGGCUUGUUUUAACUAAAGUGUAGGAACACGGUAGCUGCUUAGAUGUUUCUCCCUUUUCAGUUCAGUGUAUGUGCGCUUGGUAAAUGAGGUGAAGAAGUUUUUUCCCCCCCACUUAGUAUGACUUUUUUUUUUGGGCCAUGAGGGAGAAAAUAAUUGCCUGAGGUGUCACAUUGCUAGGAGAGAGAGAGAGAGAGAGCGAGAGAGAGAGCACGAACGAGAGCGCACACGAGAGAAAGAGAGCGCACACGAGAGAAAGAGAGCGCGUGCAAGAGAAAGAGAGAGAGAGCGCGAGCGUGCACGCGAGAGAGAGAGAGCACGAGAGAGAGAGCGCGAGCAUGCGAGAGAGAGAGAGCGCGAGCGUGCGAGAGAGAGAGAGAGUGCGAGCGUGCGAGAGAGAGAGAGCGCGAGCGUGCGAGAGAGAGAGAGAGCGAUAGCGCGCGAGAGCGAUAGCGUGCGAGAGAGAGAGAGCGAUAGCGCGCGUGAGAGAGAGAGAGCGAUAGCGCGCGAGAGAGAGAGAGUGAUAGUGCGCGCGAGAGAGAGAGAGAGAGCGCGAUAGCGCGCGCGAGAGAGAGAGAGCGAUAGCGUGCGAGAGAGAGAGCGAUAGCGCGCGCAAGAGAGAGAGAGAGAGAGAGCGAUAGCGCGCGCGAGAGAGAGAGCGAUAGCGCGCACGAGAGAGAGAGAGAGAGCAAGAGCAUGAGAGAGAGAGUGCGUGAGAGUGCGAGAGAGAGAGAGAGAGAGAGAGAGAUAGAGUGCGUGAGAGUGCAGGGGGGGCUCCAUCUGUAUCUGGGUAGUUGUCGUUCACUGUGUAUUAUCCACCAUAAAAAGUCGUAUAUUAUGCUUUAGGAGUCUUUGCUGUUAGUAUGCGACCAGAUGUUUUUCACUACAUUUAUACAAGUUUUUUCUCUUUGCCGCCACGUUUUGAACUAAACUAAUCACGGAGCUGGCAUGCAGUGUUUCUACCCUGUGAUCUGACAACUGUAAACUUUAACACCCCUACAAUUUUUUUGGAUUUUUACAGACAUGCAUUUAUCCUUAUCACUAUGCUGUCAGUUUAAAUAUAUUUUUAAUGACCUGGACUCUCUUCUCCAUAAAAAAACUUUAGUUGAUAAAGUGGGUGUUAGUAAUAGUUCCAAAUUGUGUUAAAUCUGGCUUUACUAUAUUAGUCUUCUCAAAUUUACUUGGCCAGAUGUAGCAAAAAAUUCCACGUAAAUAAUGAAAAUCAUGUGGAAAUUUUGGCCCUGCCUGACGAGAAAAUCUUCUGUGAUUCCAAAAUUUUUCCAGACUUUCGAAAUUCUGCACAGCCGUAUUCGUAAAAGACUGAAUAUUCGUUUUUUCAAAGUGUUAGUAAUAGAAUUUAAUAUGAAUAAUAAACUAUUGGUUUUGAUUUUCGAAAAUUCAAAUAUUUGCACGGGCCUAUAGCCUGCCAACUAAUUAGUAGUUUGUAAAGACACUCUUAGUUACCUACAGAUUUUGAAUUGAACGUGUGACCUCUCAAAUGCACGUCAUCCUGCGGAACCACACCUCUUGGCAACUUUCUUAUAGUGAGCCAAAAAAUUUUUUUAUGGUAGAAAUCAAAAUAUCUUAUUACAUUUUUAUCAUCAGAUUAUUUGUACAAAUUUUGUAUGUAAUUUGUGUUGUGUUGAUGAAUAUGUAGUUUAUUUGGAAAUAAUAUUUUUGUUUAUUUUUUGUUAAAUUUAUGAAUGUUUACUACACAGUUGCUUUAAAGUUAACAUAUUCAGUUUUUGUGUAAAGUUGGUUGUGUAAAGAAGUGGCCUUAUCUAGAUUUUACAAGUGUAUGACAUAACAAUAUAUUUUAAUAAAGUUUGAUGUGUUGG